AUGAACAUCUUAGACUCCACAGGGGAUAUUCAUCCUAUCGGUCAGGGUCAACACCACCAACAGUGGCACCAACUAGAAGGACACGCACAGAGGGGACCAGUGCAGGAUCAGGAUGAUGCAGCAGCAACAAUAAGAGGGACAGGAGGAUAUGAUGAUGCAGCGGCGUUGUUGGGUCAUGCUCAGGAAGAGUCCGAGUCUCCGCGGAAGGUUGUGUUGUAUGAUCGUGAGGAUAUUAUAGACGAGUUGCCUUCUUCUAACGCUGCGUUGAGGUGGUACUUUGAGGAGUUUGAGGUUGAUACUUCGGGAGGCCCACCCAAGAACGAAUCCGAGUUCCAAUGCUGUUUCAACGACUUUGAUGAAGGACUGUAUGACAUUGUGCUCGGGAUCUCGACCACAGCAGGACAACAACCUAUCGACUGGAUCGAGUCCAUUACCUUUGCGCUCUUCAAGCGAGAUAUCUAUAAUGAUUGGAAGAUCGAGCCCAGCGAAAUUAUUACGCAAAGAGAGUUCAAAAGAAUGUGCGGGGCAGAUGCAUCCGGAGCAGGAGCAGGGACAGGAGGAUUGUCGAGAUGGAAGCUGCACCAGCAAUUGACCAGGACUCGAGACAGACCUCUACAUUCGGUCACAUUUGAACUGGAGAUCCGGACAUCUGCUGAGGUGCCAUCGAACGCAGGAACGAUCAUGCUGCACUUUAUGGAUAUCCGCAGGAACCUCUACGGCCUCAACCUCGAUGACCCUUCAACGAGGCAGCAUAGACCGUUUUUGUGGUCGCUCAAUGUGAACCAGGGGCACUACCCAGAGGACGACAAGAAAGUCAAGAAGGGAAAAGAGAUCCUCCACUUUGCCAUAUCUGGCAGUGGAUCUCACGCAGCAACACUCUCUUGUGCGGACCGGUAUUUACUUCUGGACCUUUGGGAUAUCAGGGACCCCGCCGAGCACAGUAUCAUCUCGGGACAAUCUGGAGUCGACCCUUCUCAACAUGCUGUUCAGGCUGGCCCUUACACCCCGAAAUCUUGUGCAGGGAUUCAUGUCCCGUUUCGCAAAGUCACCAAGGGUGCGAUUGAUGUUUCGAUCUCUUGGGAUGCUUCACAGGUAACGUUGGUUGAUUCUUCAGCGGUGCACUUGUCGGCGGAUGAACGGGCGACCUACAGGAGUAUCUUUCGAGUGUUUCAGCAUUUCACGGAUCGAUCGUUGACUCCUGGGACGGCGCCUCCAGGACGAGGGAACUUGGUCCCCGCGACGACGUAUCAGCAUAACCCACAGCUUCGGAACUUCCUGGGCCGUGGCAAGUUUCAUAUCAGUUCGCGCAAGAGUCCCAAGGUCAAGAAGGAGCUGUUUAUUGCGUGUGAUGGACAGGCGGUUCAUGUAUUUGGCGUUCAUCAGUCCUGGACUCAUCGACAUACCAUCUUGCUGGACCUGCCGCAGGAGAAGGAUCUUUAUUCGUCCAGGUUGUUUUCGGGCCUCCGGUUCCGGUAUUUUGCGUGGAGUAAUGAGUCGAAUGAGGUGUCGGUCUGGGAUGUCGAGGAUGGGUCGUUGGUGUCGUUUUUCACUUGGCCGGAACAUCUGGGGCAUCGGCGGUUUGAGGGCAGGACGCCGAUUACUUUCUCGGAUGAUGGGUCAAUCUUGUUGAUGUGUCAGAAGGGUUACAUAACGACCAACUGGACAGCAUCGGGGACGUUGUUGAACUCGUUUGUGGUGCCGGACCAAGAGUAUUACCAGUUCAUUCGAGAUCUGCAGUUCAUCCGAGGAGGCAGCCAGAUCAUUGUCAACAUGUCCUUUCAGGAUGCCGAAUAUGGUCGUGGAGAGUUUGGGCUGAUCCUGGAUUCGGUCAAUAUGUCGGUCUUGGAUAGGUUCUCGAUUCCGGGGGAUUAUUUUGCGCAACAUUCGCCUGUAGUUGGGUCUGGGCAGUAUUUGGUCGCGGCUCACAACUCCAACUUGGAUCUGCUUCGUUUGGACGAUAGGAUUGUCCGGCCGUUCUCGAAGUCGGAUCCCAAGUGUGGGCGGUGCACUGAUCUGGUCAGACCCUGGACUCUGAAGUCGGACUAUACCUCCCCGACAGGGUUGCAGUUUAAGGCCGAGAUCUGUCAGGCAGCUGUCGGGGCUGGUACAGUAACAACACAAGAUGAAGAGGAUAGAGGGUUGACGACUGUGGUGGUGACGGUGACCGACAGGAAUGGGGUGUUGUCGGUCCAAAAGCCGGCGAUCCCUGUGAGGGGGUACGAUAUGCGACACAUCAACGCCGUCUUUCUGGAUUCGUGUUCUCGACUGGUCAUUCGGUCACACCAGUUUCUGAUGAUAUGGGGGCUACCGACAACACUGGAGGGCGACUUGACCUUGUUGCUUGCGUACAAGGCAGAGAGGAUUCAUUGGAGAGUAUGUCGGCACCAGCAGGUCUAUGCGCAGAACUACAUGGCAGAGGAGAUGGUCUGGUGUAUGCCUGUCGAGCGACCCUUCUCCCGCAGGAACUCGAUCCGGUUUCUGGACGGUGUUAUUACACUGAUCGAUAUCUUUGGAGGCACCACGGGGGCCUGCAGGAAUGAGGUCCUUCGAUACGUUGGUCGACAUAUUAACAGCUACCCGAACCCGGAUGACCCAACAGAGAGCGUGCUCGCCAAGAUCUGUAUCGAUUGGCGGCCAGAGGUGUAUGACUCGUUCAAGGAGUUUGUGAUCGAGUUGUUGGCUUCGCCUCAUGGAUCAUGGGCUCCCCGGAAUGACUUUGACAAGCGUUCCAAUCCACUCUGUAUCCUCCUCGACAAGACGGCUACCCAGCCUAGAGCCAUCGGACUUGCAAAAGUCUUCAUCGACUAUUGUAUCCAGCAGGCAAAGACCGAAAAGGACCCUCACUUCCUGUCACCCAUCAUGCAGUGUCUCCCCGAGCUGAUUGACCAAGAACGCCCACGCCAAGAACUCGCUCGGAAGACACUCCAGAGACUGGCAUACAUCCCUGUCAAGAGCCGAUCCUUCAUCCUCGACCACCACUCGAUCGCCUUCCAGCCCGAACUCCGGCUCCGUCCCAAAUUCUGGUGGCACACCCAAGGACAGCCCCUCCACGAGUGCAAGGACCCUGUCCUCCAACUGACGACCAUCAAACAUACCAACUCGAUCAACGACAACUUCACACGGAGCCUGUUUGUUACAUCGUUCGACUUGCUAUGGCGGAAAAAGGAUGGCAGCCCAGUGUCUUCGGUGACUGUAUUGGCGCGAGAGAUGCGCGCCCAGAGAAGCGCCUCGUGGCUGUAUAAUUUGGCAUUCCAGAUCUGGCAGAAGUUAAAGUUGAAUGGGAAUGCUAAGGUUGAAUGCCACCCAUUCACGCUCCAGGCGUUCGAUAACCCCGCCAUAGCCGCCCUCAUCCGUUACAAGUGGAAUACGAUUGGGUUCAAGUAUUGGCUGGUGCGGUUCUUGUGUCAAUGCUGUUUUUACAUGCUGGUGUUGACGACCGUGUUUAUCCAGAUCUACAGCAGUAGCCAUCCGCUCCUGACGCCCGUCUACAUUGUGAUCAUCUCGGUCGCCAGUAUCUUUGUCUGGCUCGAGUUGCUUCAACUCAUCAACGAAAAGAAAAAAUACAUCUCGUCGGUGUACAAUGUGGUGGAUAUGGCGACGUUUGGACUCCCACUGGCGGGCAGUGUGAACCAGUUGCUUAUUAUCUGGGGCAAGUCGAAUGGAGGCGCCAAUCCUGGCCUUAUCAGCUUCUCCGUCCUUUUCAUCUUUCUCCACUUUCUAUUUGAACUGAGGGUGAUCAAGAGUGUAUGUCACUUUGUAACAAUCAUCAUCCGAGUCGUCUCCGAGAUCCGCGUCUUCUUCUUCAUCUUUGCCGGCGGAAUCCUCGGCUUUACCAUCGCGAUCCUCCAUCUCCUUCGAGCAUGUAUCUACGAAUCCUGUCCUUCUGACGACGAACUGAAUGCGAUGCUACCAGAAAACCAGGCAGUGAUGUUUCCUCGGAACUUUUACAGCGCAAUCUCGUCGACGUACUUCUUUAUGGGUGGACGGUACGAUUCGAUCGAUAACCAGUUGAAUAUGGAUAAUUGGCCGUUCCAUACGAUGAUGAUUGUUUAUUUCUUUUUCACUGUCAUCCUCAUGUUGAAUGUGCUUAUUGCGCUGAUCAAUCUGGCGUUCAAUGAGAGUGAUGGAACGUGGCAUUUGACUUGGCUCGAGAACCGAUUGCGGUACAUCGAGAGUGCCGAGAACAUGUCCUAUCAGAUUCCAGGGUUCCGGGAGACACACGAUUGGUUCCCGAGAGAGAUUUAUUACUCGGCAACACCACGGCAGGUCAAGGACUAUGAACGCGACCUUCAAGGCGAAGACUCGCCUUCUACUACUGCCACCACCACACUCCAAACCCAACAACAGCAGCAGAGCCAAGUCGUCAGCAGGAGCGACUCGACCCUAUCACAAAAGCUGACACAUAAUUUUGCCGAGAAGAAAGGUGGAGAGGAUGAAGGAGGGAAGAAACAGAGAGAGAUUCUGUUAGAGCGACUAAAGAAAGAAAUGAGAGAAGAAGUCCGGCGCGAGUUUCAAGAGUCUCAGAUACAGUUGGAGCAGCGGUUACAGUUGCAAAUGACACGACAACAGGAACUGUUUCGGGAGCAGUUGGUUGAGCAGCAGAAGUGGCUUGUUCAGUACUUUAGUGGUGGUGCAGGAGGUGGUGGAGGUGUAGGAGGGGUGUAA